CCUGGCGCGGCGGAGUGUAAAAACACCGCCCCUGGAGGGGACAAAGGCGGCAGAGCCUUUCACACUAACAGCACUUGCCACCGAACAGUCUGUGAAGGCUACACCGGGGGGUGGUGAUGGUGUCGUCUUCGUCGUGAGCGAGGCUCCUCUGUCGCGAGUGAGUCGUCUUGUCGUCCCAUCCACUGCCGCCCGUGGCAGUGGCAAGCCGCGAGCUUCAAUGGAGCCACCGCAGCAGUCGGGAGAGGGCGGUGAGCAGUACAAAUUGGCCAAAGAGAGGCUGGAAAGCUGGCUCAACCGCAGCAUGAAAAUACGAAUGAGCGAUGGGCGCACACUGGUGGGGUCCUUCCUCUGUACUGACCGCGACUGUAAUGUCAUCCUCGGCUCGGCGCAGGAGUACCUCAAAGGCACCGAACCAUCUUCACAAGGGGAAGCGCGGGUACUGGGUCUCGCCAUGGUGCCUGGGCAUCACAUUCUCUCCAUCGAAGUGGAGACGAAUAGCAGCCACCCCCCAGACAUGUGAUGAAGCAACAUCUCUUUGACCGCAGACUUGGACUUGAAUUCCCAUAAUUUACACCUCUUAAAACAUUACCAUUUGCAACAUAGAGUUCUGUUGCCGAUAAUGCUCUGCUUGGCCACUCCUUAACUGGAAUGCAACUUUUGAUUUAAAGCUUUCGUGACUGCAGGGAUUCAUAUUCUUGGUUCUUUCGGUAAAGUAACGUAGAAGGGCAACAAAAAAUAUAUAUUUAUUU